UCGUCCCUGUCCAAGCCCAAAAAUUUUUUUUUUCUCCUCGUUCUCGCCACCCGAUACAAGAGUCAGUGGAAGUGCUGGUGAAUGGCAAACGGAUAGCAAUCCAAAUCCAAGGCCAAGUGCGUGACCGGAGAAUCAUUCUGUCGCGACCGCUUCCGGGGUCGAUUCCCAUUGUGGACCAGAACAGCGUGACUACCGUGCAUCCCGUUACAUAACGCUGUGUUCCGACCGAUGUUUGUUUUGGGUCGGUAAUCUGAGAAAAACCGUAUGUGACUUGCAAGUGCAAGCCCAAUCACGGAUUUGAAAAAAAUCAAUGUUUUAGAAGAAUUUAAGGGAUAAAACAGAUAAGCACGAGUGUAGACAGAUAAUAAACAGGGAGAUGGCUAGCACUGGAAGCACGGGAUCCACUUUUCCCAAGUGGCAGCUGGCUGUUUUGAUUGGUGCCCCGGUGGCAUUGGGAAUCGGAUAUCUGUACUGGAAAAAGUCAACCGAAGCGGAAGAAGGAUCCGGUGAUAAACUGACCAAGAAGAAGCUGGGCGAGAUUAAGGAUAAAACCAUUUCGCUGGACGGAGACGAGCGGUCACGGUCCCUGCAGGAUGCCCCGGCCAAGAAGAAGGCUCCCACGCCGUUGGAGGAAGCGCAGAAACAUAAGAAUGAAGGAAAUACGUAUUUUAGGUGAGUUGCAGUCUGUUCAAUGUUCUCGUUUUAGAAUCUUGUUUAUUGUACAGUCAUACUACAGUUGUGUAUCAUCUAAGAGAUAAGGGAGCGGGCCAUUUGACAUGAUUUAAAGUUAUUAUAACUAACAUGUUACCGUCAUGCCAAUAUAUUACAAUUACAAUUUGGCAUAAUGGACAUGUGGCAUAUCUCUGGAUCUAAACUUCAUGUAUUAGAGAAAGUUGGUCAGAAUUAGCAAAGCUUCGCCGAGAAACCCUGCAAAGUUAUAUAUUUGAACACUAUGUGGCAAUAGUGUACGUAUUUACUUCUGGUAUAAUGCAAAUGACGAAUAUUUCAGAAUCCUAACGAAAUAGAUUGUUUUUCUCUUCAAGAAA